GCUGCGCGUGCGGGCCACGCCCCCUCCCCCCGCGCCGAAGCCGGUGGCGACCCAACCGUUUUUAUUGCGCUGCUGCCGGAACGACAUCCAGUGCGGCGGGUGGAGGGCAGAGGGACGGGAGUGGUACGCUGUUGAGCUCGUCUUCAGAUAACGGCGCCAUCUGUGCAUCAUACAAUCCUUAACUCGCCCUGUCAUUUCUGAGCAGAAGAUUAAUCACUUGCACAAGUUAAGACAAGAUGUUUAUACUGAGACCCCCUUCCAAUCAUUGCUAUACCGGACUUAAUUAUCACAAAUUUUCCUCAUCCACCUUGAAGGACCAUGUUCCCUGUCUUAAAGAAGGUAUUUUCCAGUAUGCUAAGAAGUUGUUUCUUAGUGAGCAGGUAGGCCGGAUCCACCUUCAAGAACUGGCACGUCAGAAUGUUGCUAAUGCGCUAUCUCUUACAAACCUCGUGAUGGGACUGUCUUCAAUUCUGUGUAGCUUAAAUGAGCACUACUACUGUGCUUGCUGGUUUCUCUAUUUUGGGUUUCUGCUUGACCUGGCUGAUGGAGCUGUUGCAAGACAACUUAAUGCAUGCUCUGUUCUUGGAGCUAAACUGGAUGACUUUGCAGAUUUUACAACAUUUGGAAUUGCAACCUCACUCUUGCUGCAGGCCCAUGGCAUUCUAGAUGGUGUGAUUGUCAUCUGCUACGUUAUGGCUGUGUUUACGCGCCUCUGCUUCUUUUCUAGUGGAAUCCCAUUUGUUUACCGUGGCCUACCAUGUCCUUAUGCCUCAGCCAUCGUAGCUUGUACCUUUUUAUUGGCCGGAGGAAAUCGCUUUCUCCUGUAUAUUGCUGCAGUGGUGAUGAUCCUCUUCAUGACUGACCAAGGCAACUACCCCCAUGACAGGGUCCUUGAGUCACAAGUCUGGAAAAAAGUAGUUUACAUUGGAGGUCUGAUGGUUCUAUUUUGCUGUCCGCUACAGCUGGCCUGCAUAUACUUCCUGAUUUGGUGUUUCUCCUACACACUCUUCCCAUCUACUCUGUGGAGUUGCAAACGUUAAAUCCCUGUUUCACACUUUCCCUUCAUAGGGACAAGUCUGGUGCUGCAGUUCAGCAACUAGAGCCUAGAAGUCAUUUGCGUUGAAUGACAAUAGAUAUCUUCAUUAUGAAAUCUGAGGAAGGAUUGAUCAUAUGACUUAGGUACAGGGUGGACAUCUUUAUUUGGUCAAUUUUUUUUGAAAACUUUGCUUUAGGAUUUGUUUUACAUUCCGUAAUAGUUUUCCUCAAUCACAAACAUUUUCUUUUGAAUAUAAAUUCUCUUUCUAAUAUUAAUAUUCACAAUUCCCCAAAAAACAGGCAGAGUACAUAUUAUUCCUCUCAAUUGAGAGUUCUGGAGAAUGAAGUUGCUGCAAUGAAAUUGCUCAUUAAAAGUUGAGCACUUUUUAAAAAUAUUUAGACAAAUAUUAAUAUAUUCAAAAUAUGAAAUUGCUUAAUUCCAAACAUUUCACUUGAAAUAAAGUGAAACAACUCGUUCAACCUUAUUUGCCACGAUAUUUGGUAACUAGAAUAAGCCCAAGAAAGUAAUUGGAGAAUUGUGAGAUCAAUAACAACGUAAGUCCAAGGAGCAUAGGAGCAAUGGUGCUUAGUUAACCUUGUGUUGCAGACAAACAUGCCUUGUUUAGUCAUUCUUUUUCAUCCUUCCCUUCCAUACGUAUUGCAGAUUUAUUCUGCAGCUCAUUUGAAGUGGUAACAGCUUCAUAUCAUUUACAGAUUUACUUUCUGUAUUGAUUAGAACAAAGCCAGCCAAGUGGAUCUCAUAAAAUAGGAUUCCCCUGAUUUGACCAGGUUAACAGCCUCAGUCAGGGAGCCCCGGCUGACAUAUCAACAGGAGUGUCAGAGGUUCUGUUCAAUCUGAGAGCUAACACUGAGGAAGCUACACUAGUGUCAAGUACUUUGCAUGCCUAUAUAAAGAGUGACUUGGUGAUGGGAUACCAACCUCUGUGGCAAUGAGAGGAAAAAAAUACACUCCUGAAGAAAUUCGCUCACAAUAGUCAUCUUUGAGUUGGGGUAAGCAUUUCUCAUAAUGCCUUUAUUUGAGAAGCUUGACCCUUCAAUCUUGCCAUGAAAGACUGGGGCCAGUACGUGGAAAUAAUGAGUUGUGUGUUACAGACAAACAACAUUGAGGCAGACUUAAAAAAAAAGACUAAUUUUCCUGACAGUUUGUGGACUGCAGCUUUUUUGGUAAUUAGGAACCUAACAUUUCCUGAAGCACCAGUUACUAAAACAUUUCAGGAAUGACAGAUUUAGUUAAGGAAUAUUAUGACCCCAAGCCUCCUCUAAUUCUGAGAUGUAAUCAGUUUUACUUAGCAGUUCAAGGACAAGGGGAAUUAGUUUCGGGAUUAAAACACCUGGUAGAGGCCCGUGGUUUUGGAUUUACCCUUCGUGGGAUGCUGGAUCACAGGCUUCAAAACAGGAAGUACAGCUGGCUUUGAAAUUAGAAAAUGUGGCAAUUGGAGCAUGAGUUACAGGGUUGUGGACACUUUUACCUGGCUGACUAAGCUUAAGGGACACCACUUGAGUGAAUACCAUUGCAAAGCCUCAUUCAGGACAUAUCCUGAACAGAGGGACUCUAGGUCCGCCACAGUAAAAAAACAAUAUUUUCUUCACGAUCCAGGCCAGUAAUCCAUUGUAGUUGCUGCCAGUAUGCAGACUGAAGACAGUAAGAGUCCAAAUAAGCCUGAAUUGAGUCAGAGAACUCAAAAGCCAGUGUCCAGGAGAGUGCACACCCUGGAAAGUGCACCUGCAUCUGUCUGGGAAUCGUUAAAUUGCUUAACAACAUCCAAAUCAGAACCAAUCAAAAUAAACAUUUAGUUAAAAUGGUCAACUGGUUCUAAUGGAAAUUGAUAUCAGCAUGGCAGUAUCAGUGAUUGCAGAACCAAUCUUUAACAAAAUUCACUCUGGACUCCAACCCUUAAAUUUGUGCAAGAUCUCUACUAGACUGGGAACCGAGACCAGGGAACCUUUACAGAUUAAGAGUACAAUUUGGGUUCCGGUAUCGUACAAGAUGCAGCUAGUUCAGUUAUCACUGAUUGUAGUAAAAGUCUCAGGCCCAAGCUUGAUGGGGCGAAAUUGUUUGAGAAAGAUUCCCUUCAAUUGGCUGAACACUUCUAGUUUAAAACAUGGCUACCUGAGCAAAGUCGCAAUUAAAUACUCGGAUAUUUUUCAGGAAGGUCUAGGGACUAUCAAAACUGCCAAAGACACUUUGCAUGUUCACCAGAAAACAAUUCCAUGAUUCUGCAAGACCUGUCCAGUGCCAUGUGCCUUGCAUGCAAAAGUAGAGGCAGAAAGGUGAAGGAAUUAUCACACCAAUACAGUUUGCUGAAUGGCUUGCACUGGAUAUACCAAUCGUGAAUUCCAAUCAGUUCACCUUUGUGGGAAUUUUAAACAAACGAUAAACUGCUUCCCACAAUUAGACAAAUACCCAAUCCCUCACUCAGAGGAUUUGUAGGCAAAACUAGCAUCAGGAAACUGUCCUUCACGAAGAUAGACAUAAGCAUGCAUACCUGCAAUUGCAGCCAGAUGAGGAUACCCAGGAGUAUGCUACCAUUAAUACCCAUAAGAGUUUGGACCGAAGUACAAGACUGCCAUUUUGGGUAUCAUCAGCCAAUGCUAUUAGAUUAGAAUCCCUACAGUGUGGAAACAGGCUCUUCGGCCCAACAAGUCCACACCGCCCCUUGGAGCAUCCCAUCCCCCUAUAACCCACAUACCCCUGAACACUAUGGCAAUUUAGCAUGGCCAAUCCACCUAGCCUGCACAUCUUUGGACUGUGGGAGCAAACUGGAGCACCUGGAGGAAACCCAUGCAGACACGGGGAGAACGUGCAAACUCCACACAGACAGUUGCCCGAGGCUGGAAUUGAAUCCAGGUGCCUGGUGCUAUGAGGCUGCAGUGCUAACCACUGAGCUGUCCCCUGUUAAUCAGUGGGCAAUGGAGAAUAUUUCACAAGAUCUACCCAAGGUCACCAUUUAUCUGAAUGACAGUGCCAGCAACAGGCAAGAGUACUUAGAGAACUUGGACGUAGUCUUUGCACAUUUCUCCAAGGCAGACAUCUACCUUAGAAGGCAAAAAUGUGUGUUCCAGGUAUGCCAGUGGGCCACAGGGUCAACAAGACUGCGUUACACCCAUUGGAAGCUAAAGUGAGAACCAUCAAAUAUGCCCCAAAUCCCUCUUCUGUACUGAGCUGAGGUCCUUCCUUGGAUUCAAGUUCAUUCAUAACCUAGCGUCCAUCCUGACACCCUUACAUCUGCUAUAGGAAAAGGGUCAGCCUUAGCAAUGGUCUCAUUUCCAAGCAAAGUGAAGAAGCAGCUAUCAUCGUCUAAGAUGUUGACACAAUAGGAUCCCAAGCGAGAUCUAGUGCUGAUACACAAUGCUUCCCUGUAUGAUAGCAGAGUAGUGUUGGCUCACAGAUGGCCUAAUGGAGAGGAACUCCCAAUAGUGUAUGCUUCCCAGACUUUGGCUGCUGCAAGGCAUGAAUACACCCAAAUAGAGAAGAAGGGUUUGGAGGUCAUCUUUGGCAUGAAAAGUUCCACCAAUACCUUUUACAAAUUUACAUCCAUAUAGUAACAGACCACAAACCCUGGCUAGGUCUACUCAGACAAGGCCGUUCCGUCUAUUGUUUCCAGUUAAAAUGAGAAUGCAUGUCUGAAUUUAAGUACAUACAGUUACAAGUUUUGGAACACUGACCAGGAAGUCAAGAAGCAAAUGUGGAUGCCUGGAGCUGCCUCCCGCCUGCAGAUACACAGAUGGUGCCACUGCUGGAAGAAUCCGUUCUGGACACCUUUUCCAAUGGCUGACAAUAACAGACUGUGGACACAAAAAAGUCCAUUCAUUGCAAAACCAAAACAGCUGGUGGUGAUGGAAGAAACAAAACAGGCCAUCACAACCAGAAUUCAGAACCUGACAACAGCAGAUCACCGUAGAGGAUGGCAUUUUAUUAUGGGGAGCAAGAGAUUUUCCCAAGCAAAUGUCACCGCCAAAUCCUGGCAAAACCCUACCAGGGUCAUCCAGAUGUGUCCAAAGUGAAAACUUUGGCAAGAAAUCAUAUCUGAUGGCCAGGAUUGGAUGACGACACAGCCUGCAUUGAUGGAGCAGUACACAGAGUGCUAAGGAGGACAGAAAUUACCACCAGUAGGUCUCCCAUAUUCAUGGAAUUGGCUGGGUAAACCUGGGUAUCAGUUACCCAUCGACUAUACCAGCUGUUACACAGGCUGAACUUCCUUAGUCAUUGUGGAUGCCCACUCAAAGUUGUUGGACAUACUUAAGAGUUAAUUUUGUCAGACACGGACGACAGUAGAAAAGUUGCGAUACACAGGCUGCUGGAAGUGUUGAUCACAUACAACAGGCCAUCAUUUACCAGCAGGGAAAUAAGAGUGUUUCCUAAAGUCGAAUGGCAUUCAGCAUAUAAGGAAACUUCAGACCAUCCAUUUCCAGGAUUUGGCGGUGACAUCUGCUUGGGAAAAUCUCUUGCUCCCCAUAAUCUGGCAGAAGGAGCAGUCCAAACUUUGAAGGCAAACUUAAAGAAAUAGUCUACGCCUUCACUCAAUACCAAACUGUGCCUAUUCCUAUUUGAUCAUUGGACCAUUCCUCAUGCAACUAUAGGGAUAGCUCCAGCACAGUUUGCUAAUGGGAGAGGUUUCCACACCAGGUUAAAUCUGAUCUUCCAGGACCUGUGGUGGGGUUGGGGGUGGGAGUGGGAGGUUGGUGAGGGCAGGCAGCAUCAGGAAUGUCAGAGCUGGACAUAAGACUACUAAGUAGGAGAGACAGUUUACUUCAGGGGAUGGAGUUUGGUGCCAAAACCACAGGAAUGGCCCUGCCUGGGAGUAAGAGGCAUUAUCAACCUGAGGUCAGAUCCUGUGGCAAACAAACUUCGGUUGGGUGAGGCAGUCUUGAGCGAGCAAGCAAGCAUGUUGAUCACAUGAAAGCUGUAAACUCUCAAAUGGGCAAGAGCAAACCAUACCAGGCCCCUUAGAAUAGCCAGAAAGACUGUUGGAACCUGUGGAUUCUCCCCUUCUAUCUAGCAUUGAAGAAACCUCAGAGACUGGACACAACGCAUGUUGUAGCCUUGACACCUUUACCACCUGAAGAUGAUGAAUCCCUUCAAAACAUAGCAAGUGGGCUACAGUCCGAUACAUGCUGCCCAUGUCAGAGGUUGAGUUGGAGGAACCAGACAUGAUGCGACAAUAUCCCAGGAGAAACUAUAAGAAAAAGAAGAGGCCUUUGUCUCCAGCCUUAGAGGGAGCAGGAUGUAGUGAUUGUAAUGAAGUCAGCCAGGUGGACCUCAUAGAAUACAAGUUCUCUGAUUGGACUUGUUAACCUGGUCCAAUGAGGGAGCCCUGGCUGAUUGAUAUAAACAGGAGUCUGCUCACGCAGAGCUGGCUCUGAAGAGAUUGGACCAAUGUCAAGUACUAUGUAUGUUUAAAUAAAUAGUGAUUUUGUGACGAGA